AUGCAGCCCACCUCCACCGCCUCCGUCGCGAAAGCUGCACCCUCUAUGACAGUCACAAAGACCACGGCGGCGUCCGUCCCCAGUGGAAAAAGCCAAAAAGUAGACAAUAGCGUCGACAAGAAGAAACGCCGCAAGGCCCGGAAGGAGACAUGGGCCUCCUACCUGUAUAAGGUGCUGAAGCAAGUCCAUCCCGACACUGGAAUCAGCAACAAAGGGAUGGCCAUAAUGAACUCCUUCAUCAUCGAUAUAUUUGAGCGUAUCGCGACGGAGGCAGCCAGACUAUGCCUAUACAGCAAGAAGUCCACCAUCGCAUCGCGCGAGAUACAGACGGCUGUGCGACUGAUCCUUCCGGGAGAGCUAUCCAAGCAUGCCAUAUCAGAGGGCACGAAGACUGUUACAAGUAAGCAUUUGGGCGCUGCUGUUUCGUUUGUAAGCGUUGUCUGA